CGUGUUCGUGGGUUCAGCUCAAACCCAGUUUCGUCGCUGUCGUUCUUCUGCAAUUCCGUGUUGGUCCCGGUCAAACGAAGUGUCUAGGUUUUGCACUUAACUAAGACAGGAAGAGCUGUGAGAGGACUCUGUAGAACUUCAGUAAUUUUGUGGGUGACCUUCGUUAUCUGUGAAGAGCGAGUCAACGAACACAGAGUUAUCCCCUGUUAGCUCUUCGCAUUCCUUUGCUAUUUAAUAAGCCGUCUCUCCGCGAAUAUUAGAGACAAAUAAUGCCUAAAGCUGAAAUGGAAGGAAAAGGCAAUAUUCGCCACAAGGAUUUGUAAUUCUUGUAAUAGCAAUGUUGAGUUUUUUAUGGGCAAUGACAUGGUGGUUAAUGUCUGUUACCGGCAUCAAUUUCUCUGCACGCAUGUAGAAAAGCUCUAAGCAUGUUGGCAGGGCCUGAACAAUCCAAAGUCAGAGCUUCCAGAUUCAUUUACAUCUUCGCCGUUCUCUUUCCUUGCAACAUUCCAAGUUUAUUCAUGGCAGAUCUCAAAGAACGCCUCCUCCCACCAAGACCUGCGUCAGCUGUUGACCUUAAAGAAGCAUCUCAUCGUUCAUUUUUGCUGGGACGUCAGCCUUUCCAAAGCAUGGAUGUUAUAGGUCUUAAGAAACGAGGUCAAGGUCUUCGGUCAUGGAUUCGUGUUGAUACCUCUGGGGAUUCCGAGAUAAUCGAGGUUGACAAGUUCACAAUGAUGCGCCGUUGUGACCUUCCAGCCCGUGAUUUGCGCCUGCUUGAUCCAUUAUUUGUUUAUCCCUCUACAAUUCUUGGGAGAGAGAAGGCUAUAGUUGUUAACUUAGAGCAAAUUCGAUGUAUUAUCACGGCGGAUGAGGUUUUGCUUUUAAACUCCCUCGAUAGUUAUGUGUUUCAGUAUGUGGUGGAGCUACAACGCCGGCUGACAACAGCUGGGGCACGUGAGGUUUGGCAACCAGAAGGUGCAGAUUUCAGCAGAAGGAGAGGAAGUAGAAACUUUGAUGAUUUGUUUGGCAACACUUCCCCAGAUUAUUUGCCUUUCGAGUUUCGGGCCCUUGAAGUUGCUUUAGAAACUGCUUGUACUUUUCUUGAUUCUCAGGCAGCAGAACUAGAAAUCGAAGCUUAUCCAUUGCUGGAUGAACUUACUUCCAAGAUUAGUACAUUAAAUUUGGAGCGUGUUCGACGUUUGAAAAGCAGACUCGUGGCAUUGACCAGGAGAGUUCAGAAGGUUAGGGAUGAGAUAGAACAGCUAAUGGAUGACGACGGAGACAUGGCUGAGAUGUAUCUCACUGAGAAGAAACGAAGAGCGGAGUCAUCGUACUAUCUUGAUCAGUCUUCGACUGGCUACAGGUCCAAUGAUGUUGCACAAUCCUUUUCUGCUCCUGUUUCUCCCGUUUCUUCACCUCGUGAUGGCCGAAAACUUGAGAAGAGCCAAAGUAUAGCGAGGAGCCGGCAUGAGAGCAUGAGGAGUUCAGAAAGCUCUACCGAUAGAAUAGAAGAGCUGGAGAUGCUGUUGGAAGCUUACUUUGUUGUCAUCGAUAGCACUUUGAACAAGUUGACUUCGCUAAAGGAGUACAUUGAUGACACAGAAGAUUUCAUUAACAUUCAGCUGGACAAUGUCCGAAACCAGCUGAUACAAUUUGAACUGCUGCUGACGACUGCGACUUUCGUUGUUGCUAUCUUCGGCGUGGUGGCGGGGAUUUUUGGGAUGAACUUCGACGUCUCGUUCUUUGACAAUGCCGAUGCAUUUCAGUGGGUCCUCAUCAUAACAGGAGUAUGCGGUUUAGUCAUUUUCAGUGCUUUUGUGUGGUUCUACAGGUACAAACGACUCAUGCCUCUAUAAAUGUGUCGGGAAUCUCUUAGAUCUUUGACGGAUUGAAUUCAUCGUAGCUAUUCUUUUGUAUAGCUGCACAUUCCAGACCUGUAGAUGAUAUGGAGGAAUCAGAAAAAUGAGGAAAAAGCGGGUUUUUAUUGUCGGUUCUUUCAAUGUGUGAGCUCAUACUGAAACUGCUUGAUUCUAACCUGUGUCCAUUAUCGAAUUCAUGCCAUGCAUAAACAAAAAUGAACCUCAAAAGUAGCUGUCUUAAAGGCAAUGUCAAUAAGGAGGCUAAGAAUUUGUGACUGGUCUUGAA